AAGUUGCAUAAUCUGUCAGUUCUGUGGCAUCCCUUCCUGAGUAAAAUCACUCUGGUCUCUUUUUAUUAUAAAUACCGGCUCCAUAAAAUGAAUCUAUGCAAACUUGUUUCACGCAGGACAUUGCAGUCCGCGCAACCUUGCACAUUAUUGAGAAGGGCGAUCCAGUCUUCAUCAACUCUAAAUAUGCCGCUCAAGGUAGGAGAUAGUAUUCCCAACGUUGACCUCUUCGAGGACACUCCAGCAAAGAAGGUGAAUCUGGCUGAGUUGGCUCAAGGAAAGAAAAUGAUCGUUUUCGCCGUUCCUGGAGCCUUCACCCCGGGCUGCUCCAAAACCCAUUUGCCUGGAUACGUCGCGAAGGCGACUGAAUUGAAGAGUAAGGGCGUUGACGAGAUCGUUUGCAUUUCCGUUAAUGAUCCUUUCGUAAUGAGCGCUUGGGGAAAGGACAUGAAAGCGGAAGGUAAAAUUCGUAUGCUCGCCGAUACCGCUGCACAGUUCACCAAGGCCAUGGAAUUGGAUCAGACCAUUGGACCCCUGGGUGGCAUUCGCAGCAAGAGGUAUUCGAUGGUUAUUGAGAACGGGAAGAUUACUUCUUUGCAAGUCGAGCCCGAUGGCACCGGACUCAGUUGCUCCCUCGCCGAAGCCAUCGUAUUGUAAAUGCAUAUAUAUCGAUGCGAUAGAAUUUCACAUUAUUUUAAGCUUGCGAAUAUCCAUCCACUUUGCAUGCUAUCAAUAUUGUUUUUAAACAUUAUCUAUUUAUAGAUGUACUUGUUUAUUGUUUAUAGAAAAAUAUCUC